AGGCACAACUACUUUGUAAUGUGCUAUUUUAGUUUCUUUUUUUUAAAAAAAUAAUGUAAUAUAUUUACAAAUUUGGUAGUUGCUCACUAUUAGUCAUUUUUUUAAUCAUACUCUCCAGCCUCCACCUAGGCUCAAUUUUUUUUUGUCUAAAUUACCAAUUUGUUAGUCUAAAAAAAUGGCCCAAUCACACAAUCUUGAGUAAAAUAAAGGUUCCAAUCAAUCAGGCAAACAGUAUAUUAUAAAUUUGAUCGUGCUAUAUUGAAAUCAUGUGUGCUUGAAUUGCAUUCGUUGAAGAUAUGUUAUCUAUUCUUUAGAAUAUAUGUGCAAACAUGUCAUCUGGAUACUUAUGCAGUUGAAAAGAAUUGCAAGAAGUGUAGUUAGAAUUAGUUAGUACCUCCACUUCCUUCUCUACCUUCCCACCAUAACGGGAACAGACCAUUAAAAUUUCCAGCUGUUGUCAGAAGUUGAGAUGAUCUCUUUAAAAUUAUUGUAGGAAUUGGAAAAAAAUAUGUAAAGUAGUUAAGAAUGAAGAUGGGGGGCUAAAUCAUUGGAAUUUCUUGUUUGUUUCAAGGUUCUUCUGGUGACAAGAGGAGUUGAGUGUCCUUUCCACACUGUCUAAUCGUAAGGUGAUGUCAUACUCGCAUGCAGUGUUGCAGAUCUUGUAUGGCAAUUUGCUGUAUAAGUUUCAGUGUUCCCCUUGGUGCUAUGCAGUGGCAUGGUGGCAGGGCGAUGCUUUGCACCUAACUGCCGCAAAGGCAGACUGACUGUAACCGGUAGGAAAAAGUAGCUUGAUGGCUUAGGCUGGGGUAUGGUGCCUAGCGCCUAGGCGGGCACCAAGUAGAACACAUGAGUUUAAUUAUUUUAACAAUAAAUAGAUGUAUGUUGGUCUGCACUAAGCUUGUUUGCCUAGACAACUUUUGAUAUCAAUGGUAAGGUAAUGGUAAUCUAUUUUUUCCCAGAAAAAAAUGCUAAUUUAAUUUUGAGCAUGUAUGUAUAACAUAUGAGCAUAGUGCUACCUGUUUGCAUGGGUAUUUAUCUAGUAACUAGUAAUAGACAAUCUGGUUUGUAGGUGUCUAACUUUUUUUUUUUGCGAGCUUGUGUGUGUAUGUGUGUGUGUGUGUGUCUGUGUUGGGCACUUGGGCAUUAGCACAUCAUUCCUGUUGUUUAAAUUAAUUUCAGAUGCACUGAAUUAUUCCUAGAAACAAUUUUUGAAUCUUGCUUAUUGUAAUUUUAGUGCUGAAUUAUAUUGUAUUGCACUGCUGUACCACUAACCACAUUGCUUCAUGAAACGUGGUUCAUUUUUUUAAAACAGCAUGAAAGAUUUGCAGAGUUCUAGUCUUUCUAGAUAAGACAAAGAUUAUCCUGUAAUCAUUCUGUUAGAGUAUAUGGUAGUUAGAGCCAUAUUAGGAUAGGAUUGAUUUGUGUGGACUCCUUCCAUAUCUUUAAUCCUUCCUUAUCUCCUCCCCAUGUACUCCUAUAUAUAUCGGCCCCCUGAGGCUUAAUACAAUCGAUACACGUUACGCAGUAUAUCUCUCCCUAUACCAUCCAACACAUUCCUCAUAGACUCACUUUGCUCAUUGUCCUUUAGUUCUACCUUUUCCUUUUCCAAAUUUAGUAUACUGAAUAAUUGCUCCACUACUGAUCCUUCCACCCUGAGCAAAGCUGUAUUAUUUUAAUGUUGCACUGAAAGAUGUCUUCAAAAAGGGUACACCUCCUUUUAGAAAGGAAUAGAUACUCUGAAAUCACUAACUUAGCAGUACUCACCAUAAGGUUGAAAGUUGGAGCUGUGAUUCUUGAUAAAAGUAAAUACUCCCUCCAUUUUUUUUAUAUGACCGUAGCCAACAUCAUAUACAAAUAUGGAGGGGGUACUACUUCCGUCCCAAAAUACUUGUCGUUAUAGGUUAUUUAGCAUGUACUAAGGUUAUAAUACCCCUUGAUUAAUAAUGUAUAGUUGGAUGUGGAAUGGUGGUUGUUGGUAUAAUGGGGAGAAAUUUGAAUUGGAAGUGAUUGAUGUGGCAAGUACUACUUCGAAGUGACAACUAUUUUGGGAUAAUUUUUGAAUGUUAGAAAGACAAGUAUUGUGGGACGGAGGAAGUACAUUUUAAGCUUACCGAACAGGAACCUUCAAAACAGGAUCUUGUUGACUCCUUUUUCAACUAGAUGUAUUUACAUCAUCCUAUUCGGAGAGUCCCAUGAUCACUGUUCUCCUAGAAAGAGCCUUAUGGGUAUAAUGGGUUACUACCUUUCACUUGCUUUGUUUUGACAAGAACUACCUGUUCACCUGCUUCAUCCACAGCACACAUUAUGUUCCCCUUCUCUCUCUGUUGUUACCACGAGAGAUGUUCACAGUGCCAAGAGGUACGCAUUGAAUGGCAAUGGCUGCAAGUAACCUGGAUGUUUUCGAAGCAUGUCAUGAGAGGUUGCAGCACUGCGCCAGGGCUACCAGGUGCACAGUAAGCAAGCGAAAGCUGAUGUUGGCUGCAGGCCAGUGGCAAGCAGGGCAAGGGGUUGCUUGAGCAUGCAGACUUGUAGAAGGUCUGAGCUUGUACACUGUCUCCACUUGAAUUUUUCUAUGAAACUUACACUUGAAUUUUUUUUUUAUCGAACACGCAGGAGACUAACACUUGAAUUUUUGAAUGAAAAUUUUGUACUUUCUUGAAGCUCUUUUCUGAACUCAAAUUUCAAGCCUAGAACUAAAGUAAAUGAGAACAAAUUCUAGUUGAAGCUUGAGAUCAUUUUCUUUUAAGCCAUUAAGUUUCAGGUUUGGAACCUGAUGAUCCAAUUUUUGAAACUUGAUUUGAACUUGAAGUUUCAAUUUUGAGACUCGCUGAUACUUGCACUUUUCAAUUUUGGAACUUGUUCAGACUUGCUUUAAAACCUUUUGAAACUAUGAUUUUAUCAUUGCUAGUAUCCGAAACCUGUGAAAUUGGAUAAAACUCACUGAAACCUUUAUGAAACUCGACGAAACACUGUGAGACUAGUUAAGACUUAUAUGGACCUGGUUGAAUACCAUAUUAUUGCCCCGUCCUUUAACUAAACGCUAUGAUAGAAUCAGCAGUUACUCGGAAUUGCUAAUAUAAGCAGAGCAAAAUUACUUUGUAUCUAUGAUACCAUAUCUUUAAAGGCAAACUAAAGUUGAAGUUUAAUCAUUUUAUAUUGUCAAGUAUGUAUGAGAAUACAACAUAAUUGUUUCUUCUGUGUGAAAUUUUUUCUACCACUUUAAAUUUGCUAGUGCACAUGGCUUUGCAUCGAGCAAUAUUCAAGUGUUGGUCGAUGGAUGCUCUAAAUCUUUAGGGAUGCUUUUUGAAAAUAAGACGCCUCAUGCAACCAAUUGAAUAUUGAGGCACUUUGUGCUGAGAUAUCUAGUUUGUCUCAAAAAUAUGUCUCAAGCUGUCUAACUUCUACUGUUGCAAAAGUACAUGCUGAAAUAUAUAACCAACUUGUUAGGUCUAAACACCUUUAGCUAUUUUAUUGUAAAGUUUUUUGUAAUUAUGAUUACAGUGAGCAGCUUGUGUGUCCUCUAUAUAAGUAUGAUAUAGAUUUGUUUAAGUGGACAUCUAGAAGAAACUAACUCUAUGAAGACAUAGCUUUAAAAAAAAAACUCGAUGAAGAUAUGAUUUGUAGAAUCUCCUGGUGCAUUGAUGAUACUGACCAAGGUUGCUUUUAGCCAAGGCACAAGUACAUAUGUUCUUGUUUUCUACAGAAAUAUAAUAGCUGCAGUAGUCUUACUGCCUGUUGCUUUGGCAGUAGAAAGGAAAACUGCCCCACCACUGUCACUCAAAGUCUCUCUGAAGCUAUUUGUGCAUGCACUAUGUGGGAUGUCUGCUGCGAUGAACAUAUCAUGCAUUGGCCUCAAUUAUUCUUCAGCAACAGCUGCUUCUGCAGUACAAAAUAUCAUGCCAGUAUUAACUUUCUUUUUGGCUGUUCUUAUGGGGAUGGAGUCUUUUAAAUUAAAGAUGUGCCAUGGAAUCGUGAAAAUUUCUGGCAUAGUGUUUUGUGCUGUUGGAGUUUCUGUGCUAGCAUUAUACCAGGGACCUGAUCUGAAGUCUUUUAUCAAGCACCACCUUUUUCCUCACACAAACCGUGUUGGUACUCAUUCUUCAAGGAACUGGAUACUAGGAAUUUUCUUGCAGUUUUUGGCGACUUUAAUGUGGGCUCUUUGGGCAGUACUUCAGGGACCUCUGUUAGAGGAAUACCCGUCUAAGCUACUCAACACAACUCUCCAGAUAGUCUUCUCGGCUGUUCAAUCAUUUUUUAUGGCUCUAGUGCUUGAGAGAGACUUUUCAAGAUGGAAGCUUGGUUUCGAUAUAGGCCUUGUUGCCAUCAUCUAUUGUGGCAUUGUUGUUUCCGCAAUUUCAUUUUACAUGCAAAUUUGGAUUAUUGACAAGAGGGGUCCAGUAUUUUUGUGCAUGACAGUACCCCUGACUCUGGUCAUCACUAUCAUUCUUGAAUUACUCAUUGGAGAAGCAGUCACCCUGGGAAGCAUAAUAAGCGGAGCGCUGAUGGUUGUGGGCCUGUAUACUGUUCUCUUGGGGAAGAGGAUAGAAGAGGAGGGUAUCAGCAGUCAAGGAGGUAAUGCAGAAGAAACAGCACGCUCAGAUUUGGAGGAACAAGAAACUGCAGCUCCAGUUCCAGCAUCUCAAGAUGUGAAAGAGAAGGUCGACGCGACAAACUGAUCGAAACUGUGUGCAGCAUGCUCUCCUAAAAAAAAUAUAGAACUGAAACUGUUUACAACAAACUUCCCUCAGCCACUUUUGCACUUCUACUAGCAUGUACAUACUUUUUUUUUCUUACUGUUUUGAGCUCAGACGAGAGUUUCUGUGGUGGAUUUUGGGUGAGCAAUCCCGUGCUUACAAGUUGUGAAAUUGGUGUGAAUUGUGGCCGACAAUCAAGCCGGGCACUGAGAAUAUAUAAAUAUAUUGGACCUUGGUAUAAAAUCAUGCUUACUGUCAUGAUGAAGUGAUCUGCAUUUUAUUUCUGUAAGAGCUUGGUACCAUUUGCAGCAUAUGGGAUGUUGUCUGUGAUGCCAGAAAUGCCCCUGCUACAGCAACAAGCUGUCCAUGGCUGUUGCUGGCCAGAGCUGGAGCCGAAGCUGAACAACAACGGCGACACCGCUUCGCCACCUGCAGCGAUCACCACCAUCAUCAAGAUUACUUGUGAGGAUCACCACUGCCAUUUAUUUUAUUUUAUUUUCUUCUCUCCCUCUUGUCCGAGGAUUCACCUCUAUCCAUUGUGUACGACAUGGUAAUAAAUCACGCGAAUAAUUAAUUCAACACUAUCAUAACGAGUGGCAAAUAAUCCUUUUAUCCCUAAAUUAUAUUCAAUUGUUGGAGCUAAUGCCCAGGAGAUCAUUUGGACUGUAGAGAUCAUUUGGACUGUAGAUUUUGUAAGAUCUUUUCUCUGUUUGCUCUUGAGAUGUUGAUGAGAUUCUCCAUUAUUUUUAACAAAAAGAGCAUUAGAAUAUUACAACUGAGAUUUUCUUUCAUCCUUUUCUUUUAGGGAAUACACAAAAGCCUUGUGGCUCUUUGUACUAAAAUGAGAAAUUUGAGGAUACAGAAAAGCAGUUUGCAAAUCGCAACACUGAA